AUGACGGUCACACUAGAAUCUACGCUGCUUGUUGUUGCUAUGUCUUCUUUACAGUCGAAUGAAUGUACUCGUCAUGACAGAAGUGAAAUCCGAGAUGAAGCAGGAACCGGGAGAUACGGGCGAGACCGCGAUGAAACUAGCGUGGAGGUUAUCCAAUCAGAACCACGCCAGAAGGGGAGUGAAACUAACCAAAUCCUGCUCGUCUGUCAUCUGCAGAAGCAAAACGAAAACACACAUAGCUGUAGUAUGAGUCGGGGUAAGAGCAUGAAUCAGAAGGAAGGCAACAAGGAUAGAUGA